AUGGAUAAAGACAUCUAUUUUUAUUUAAGUAGCACUGAUUCAACCAAUAUUUAUCCCAAUAAUACAGCAUCAGAGUUUACUGUAAAGUUACCAAGAUACUUUUAUCUUAAAGGAAAAUGGAAAAUAGGACUUGUUGACAUACAGUUACCACCAUUGGAUUCAAAUGAUGCAUUAUUGUAUUUAGAUGUGUUUUGUGAUUUAUGCAUAGAAAGUGUUGUUGAUGGAAAUGUACAACCAAUCUUAAGGCGUAUUCCAAAGGAUUAUUCUUGGUUGAGUUUUAAUCAAGUAUUAUACAAGGAUGUCGGGAAUUGGGAGUUUGAUCGCAUACAUGUCUAUAUAAGAGGAAAUGGUAACACACUUGUGUCAUUUAAAGACAAACCUUUGACGUGUACACUUCAUUUGAAACAAGUAUCAUGA